AUGAGUAGUCUGGAGCCUCAGACUAGUGCAAAAUGUACCAUUUGUACGUCCGUGGGCCCUUUGAAAUUAGGAUUGUGGGCUAGGGAAUGUCCGCAGACCGUUUCCCGAUUUUUGAAGAACUGCGCUAAGGGCAGCUAUGACGGUGUGAGUUUUGAGCGUAAAGUAUUUGAUGCGGCCAUUCAAACGGCCGAGAUUGAUCAACCCACUUGGGGAGCUCUGGAAACGAAUUCUCGUAUCAAAAUGGAUCAGAGAGGUCUGGUUGCCGUGGAAUCGCACUCAAAAGGGGCCUUUUUCGUGACGUUGCGGGAAACGACAGCUUUGAAUGGGAAAGUGACAGUGAUCGGUAAACUCGUAGACAAUUCAUACUAUACCCUAUUGGAAAUUGCUAGCAAAGAAUUGAAAUCGGAACCAUCGCAGACAGCAGAGUUUCUAUAUCCGGCAACAAUUGAGAGUAUUUUACUAGACGAACCGUAUUUCGAAGUAGAACAGGGAACAGUGAAAAACUCAAAACGUCAGUCCCCGCUGGAAUUGCCAGUGAAGCCAAAGCGGGCAAAAAAGGCCUCCAAAGUUCUUCUCCAGUUCGAGGAGGAAGAGGACGAUGGCGACGAGACACUGGCAACAGCAAACAUGAAGAUAUCGGCAGCUCCCGGCCUUGUAAACAACGAAGCACUAACAAACGGAGAGCAGACCAUUGAGGACAUGGGAGUACAAGACACUCUCGAUUUAUCGGAGGAUGAUCAGGGCCUGCAAAAAAAGAAACAUGAGUCGAGUCCAUCACUCCGAGAAAGACCUGCGGAACAUGCAGCAGACGACAGGUCCACGUCCAUCUCAAAGCGCGAACGCGACACUCUGGAGUUGCUCGCAAAGUUCAAGCAACGAUCAUCGCAGCCCAACUCGAUAACGUCGCAUCAUCUCGAUUUUGGUGAUGCGGAACCGUAG